UGUUGCACCCGGAAGUUUACACUGCAACGUACUAGCAGCAGUGUUUUGGAUUAGCUUAGUCGGUUUCUUCCAACGUUUCUUUCUCUGCGGCGCCUUUCUAGCCAAAGCAACAAUGUCUGAAAGAAAAGUCUUGAAUAAAUACUACCCUCCGGAUUUCGAUCCGUCCAAAAUCCCCAAGCUUAAACUCCCCAAAGAUCGUCAGUAUGUGGUCAGAUUGAUGGCUCCAUUCAAUAUGAGGUGUAAAACAUGUGGCGAGUACAUCUACAAGGGAAAGAAGUUCAAUGCACGUAAAGAGACUGUUCAGAAUGAGUUGUACAUGGGACUGCCAAUCUUCCGUUUCUACAUCAAAUGUACUCGGUGUCUUGCUGAGAUUACAUUUAAGACUGACCCAGAGAACACAGACUAUGCAAUGGAGCAUGGUGCAACGCGAAACUUCCAGGCAGAGAAACUUAUUGAGGAAGAGGAGAAGAGAAUCCAAGAGGAGAGGGAAGAAGAGGAACUCAACAACCCCAUGAAGGUGUUGGAGAACCGCACAAAGGAUUCCAAGAUGGAGAUGGAGGUUCUGGAGAACCUCCAGGAGCUGAAGGAGCUGAACCAGAGGCAGGCUCAGGUGGACUACGAGGGAAUGAUCAGCCAGUACAGAGAGCUUGAGAAAAGAGAGAAGGAAAGAGAGAAAGAAGAAGAUGAACGUGAAACAAAAGAGAUGUUGGACCGAGCCCUUGUGAAAAGACUCAGAGACUCCGACUCUGAUUCAGAAAGCGAAGAGGAGAGCAGCAGCGCACAAUCAAUGACGUCCAGCUCAGACAAACCAACAGACAUCCUCACUACUGACAAACCACCUGAGGCACAGGGAGCCUCAGCUGCAGGAGUGAAGAGAGCCAAGACGGAGAGCUGGGAGAGGAGUGUCGGGACGCUGGGCAGUAAAGGAGCGCUCGGCUCCCUGGUCGUACGAAAGAAAACUGCAGUGACGGUCAGCAAACCCAGUCCAGUGGUGACGACUGCUGCUCCCACCUCUCAGUCAGAUUCAAAGGCACCGACGGCCAACUCCACUAAUGCGUCUAAACCCGUCGCCACACAGAACGGCUCGUCAUCUCUCAGCCUGCUGGGGGCGUAUUCAGACAGUGACAGCAAUGACAGCGAAUGAGGAGAAGAUGACAUGAGUGACUGACACGCAAUUAUAUAAGUGGUGCAGAAAGGAACAUAAUGAUAUGGGUCUUUCUGUAAUAUUGUACAGAAAAUGAAAUCCUGUAUGAACCAGUUAGUGGGUGUUGGUGGGUGGUUGUUAGCAGAGAUCCUAUUGUCAGCAGCCCAAAUCCAGUAAAACAAGAACAAUUUUAGAAGAUCCACUGAAAAAUAAACCUGUUUUUCUUGAGACUUUAACCUUGAAAAAUAUGUUUGAAUCUAUGAGGCAAAUCUGCCCUGUGAAAGUGUCCGCUGUAUAUUUUAGUGUUUAUUAAAAUCUGUUUACUCCUUUGCACCUGA